CAAAUGGUUAUUUCUUUUUUAUAGUAUUGGAUUUCUUUCAUAUUAUAGCGAGAGAUUUGGAAGUCAUAAAGGGAAUCCUUGUGCUGGGAUUGUGUUAUUCCAUCGGUUUCUCUUCAUCUUUUACUUUGUGAUAUCUAUCAAUGGCUAACUUAAUAGAGAGAGCAUUUGGGACAAUUAUAGCAGCCAUCGCGCACAGUUUCUUUGGCUACCGAGACAACAAAAAAGGGGUCAGCAACACCAGUUACUACCACAAGAAGCCAAAUAAGGGUCAACCACUUUCUUUGCAGACAGUGGAUCUGAAAGUGAGGAUGUGCUGCAUUGGUUGUGAGAGAGUAGUCAAAAGAGCCAUUUACAAGCUUAGAGGUGUGAAUUCGGUGGAAGUUGACUUGAAGAUGGGAAAAGUAACCGUGAUCGGACACAUCGAUCGACACAAGGUGCUGAAACAAGUAAGGAGGUCAGGGAAAAGGGCCGAGUUCUGGCCCUACCCUAAUCCCCCAUUGUACUUCAUCUCCUCCGGAGAUUACUUCAGAGACACAACAAAUGAGUUCAAAGAGAGUUAUAAUUACUACAAACAUGGGUACAAUCUCGGACAUCGGCAUGGGAAUAUCCCGGUAACUCACCGAGGUGAUGAUAAGAUCAGCAACAUGUUCAACGACGACAAUGUUAAUGCCGCCUGUUGUCUCAUGUAGAAACCUGAGUAUAAAACAUUUUACUACCCACCCAUUUCCAUCAUGUAAUAUAAUUUGCAUUUAAUGUAAUAUUGAAUAUGCACUGUAUAUAUAAAUAUUUCUACAUAUUUACCUUUUU